GCCAUAAAGAAAAUAAUAAUAACAAAUAACAUGACAAAUUGUCGUUUUCAAAAUUUAGAUUUUCUGCAUUUGGCAGUAUUUUUUCUAUGGUUUUCAAGCUGUUUUUGUGAAAGCUAUAACACUACUGAUGACCAAGGUAAAUCUGUACUGACGUGGACAGACCCAAACGAUACAGAGAUAGUAUUCCGAAUUGUUAACGGAAUACCAGCUCAACUUGGCGAUAUACCAUAUCAAGUUGCAUUUCGAGCCAAUCAAAAAGAUAAUAAUUACUAUACUUUUUGUGGCGGCAGUAUCAUUACCGAAAGUAAAUUGAUCUCAGCAGCGCACUGCUUUCAUAGUACACAAAUGUUAGGUUGUUGUAAACAAGGACGAUCUCGUCACAAAUAUUUAGCAAAAUAUUUCGCCGUAGCAGGAACUCUUCUAAACCAGGACAGCUAUCAAAGAAAAGAUAGUGAAAGACACGGUCAAUGGAGGAAACUCAGUGCUGCUUUUUAUCCAAAACAAUUUGUUUUCCCAAAUUAUGACAUCGCUGUUGUGUUUUUAACAACACCAUUCAUCUUUAAUGCAUACGUGGCACCGAUUCCUGUAGCCUCUGCUCGCAAAGAAUACACGGGUACUUGUUUGGUUUCAGGUUACGGUAGAUUGUCGAAAACGCAACAUUCACUGAUAUUGAAUAAGGCAGAUCUGAAAAUAAUAUCAUCUAGGGAAUGUAACAGAAUUCAUCAUAAGGAGAUGAAACAUUUUAUUUGCACGUCAUCUCUCGUUUCCGAUAUUCACAAGGGAGAUUCUGGGGGCCCUCUAGUUUGUAAAAAUACUGGAGACCCUCAAGAGGGUAGUCUUGGCAUUCUAGUAGGAGUGAGUAGUGGGACCGACGUUCUCAAGAAACACGGCUCAUUUUUCACAAGGGUGUCUUCGUAUCGCACAUUUAUAAAUUCUAAGAAAUCGUCAUCUAGAUUCUUAGCAGUUAAUGACAUAUUUGAUCCACCGAAUUCAGCUAGCACCGAAAUCAGAAUAAUUCAACAAUAG